AUGGCGUGGAUUUCAGAUCUUAUUCGAGAUUCGAAGCUAGAAACACAUUUCCUUCCGGAUUGUAGAGUGGAGACAGUCCACAGGUUCCAGGAGUCGGACCCAAUUUCUGGACAGCGCCUUGUGACCAGGUCCGAGCAUUGGUGUCGGGAAAAAAGGGUCGGAGGUGGUGGAUCUGGUAGUGUCUGGCUGGAGAAGCGUACUAAAGGUGGCCGGCCAGGUCAAGAUGGCGCGGUCCGAGCAGUCAAACAGAUUGAUAUGGACACGCGCUUUGGGUCUAUCGACUACCACCGUGAGUUGGAGGCAAUUGCCAAGUUCUCGCACCCUCGCUACGAACGAUGCUUCGUCAAGUCAUUUGGAUGGUACGAAGGGCCUAACCAGCUUUUUAUAUCAAUGGAAUACCUUGAGAUCGGUGACCUUUUCACGUAUCUAUAUCCAAAAACGCCAACAUCUCCAUUACCAGAGGCUGAGGCGAGAGAAAUUGCAUACCAGAUUCUCGAUGGUUUGAGUAUGAUGCACCAAAAUGGGUUUGCUCACCGAGACUUAAAACCAAACAAUAUUCUUAUCAAAUCGCAUCCCCCAAACGAGUGGUGGAUCAAGCUCGCGGACUUCGGUAUCACUAAACGUAUCGGAGAAUCAUAUGGGCACUCGACGACGGUAAAGGGCACCCCAAGAUAUUUUGCCCCCGAAAUUUGGGGGUUUGUUGAACCGGGUAGCGCGUAUGCUACUGAUAUCUGGGCUCUUGGAGCGAUUAUAUUUGAAGUCCUCACUAAGAAACCUACGUUUGCUACUGCCGGAUUACUUGCAAAAUACAAAACCCAGCAGGACUUCCCAGUUACUAUGCUUAUCGAUGCUGGUAUCAGUCAAUCGGGUGUCGACUUUGUGCUUUCGCUUAUCUGCUUUGUCAAGCGCGUGGAUACAAUCGCAAAUAAUCCAACCCCUAAGUCCACGAAAAGUAUUGAAUACAAGCCACGAGCCCCUUCUAUAGCUUCGACAAUAACGGAAGAGUUUGCCUCAUGGACUACGAAGAUUUCUCCGGAAGCACCGGAGGGUGUCUUCGGCAUCGAGCCUAGCUCAACCGCCGCAGUGGAUCUGGUAAAUCCUAUCCAAGAGAAGACCACUAUGACACAGAAGAAGAGUAUAUAUUCUUCUGUGCAGACUACAGUACUAGAUGGCACGAAAGAUCAAGACGAGGCCUUUGAGCCACGCCUUAUAGAACCCAAAAGCCAGCAUACGACUAGUGACUCAGUGUAUCGCCUUGAAUCGCACCAAGAGGCGGAAAAUAUGUACCGAGAACUUCUUCGGGAGAGAGAGGAGGUAGGCCAGGACAUUGAAGACACACUCAAUUCUACAUACGUGCUUGGUCUCUCUCUCUUUUCCCAGGGACAGUAUAAAGAGGCGGAGACAAUGCUUCGACGAGCUAUCCAGUGGCAAGAGAAGUCGCUAGGGUUUGACCAUAAGGAUGCCAUCGAUGCUCCACACUGGCUUGGUGAAUCGGUCUUUCGACAGAAACGGUAUAAAGAGGCAGAGACAAUGUUUCGACGAGCUAUUCCGGGACGAGCUAGGGUACUAGGUCAUGAUCAUGAAGACACACUCCAUUCUACGUUUUUGCUUGGUCUCUCGCUUUAUUUCCAGGGGAAAUAUAUUGCGGCCCAAGAUCUUUUCCAACGAAGUCUUCAGGGACGAGGGACGGUGCUAGGUCAUGAUCAUAAAGACACGCUCCAUUGUGCACAAUGGCUUGGUGACUCGAUACUUAACCGGCAUCGGUACAAGGAAGCAGAAACUGAGUUCCGACGAGCUCUUCAAGGGCGAGAGAAGGUACUAGGCCAUGACCAUACAGACACACUCAACUCUAUGUGCGGCCUUGGUCACUCGCUCUUUGGCCAGGGACGGUACAGAGAAGCAGAAGUAAUCUACGGACGAGCUGUUAAGGGGCGAGAAAAGCUACUAGGCCUUGAUCAUCAGGAUGCAAUUAAUGCCAGAACGGCCUUGAAGUUGGCCCACGACUACACGGAUCACCCGCGUCAUGAACCAUCUAGAUCUCUCGUGGCAAGUCUCUUCGGUGGUAUGGGAAAGAGUGCGCAAAGGGACGUAUGA